AUGGUACCAUGUAGCGCUUGUGGUAUGGCUACAGACGCGACGGAUGAUGCUAAUGGUAUAGGACAUCCGAUGUGUAGAAUCGUGGUUUAUUUUUUCGCAUUUCUGAUCUAUGCUUUAGAAAGACUUUCACCCAGUGGCGCUCGUUGGUGUCCAUUAUGCGCAGUUGCUGUUGACGACAACAAAGAGGCCUGGAAGACCCAUCUCUCCAAGCAGUGCUACAACAAUCCCCGAAAAAAUGGACCUGAUCUGGAAGUGGAUACUGCCCCGCGAAUCCCAGAAAAGACUCGUCCGAAUUCCUCAGCAUCAACAAAAGCAGUCAGCGGUGCCCGAUUGAUAGAUGCCGAUAAACUCGUGGCAGCCUUACAGGAAGUACAACUGCGUAAAAAACAGGAAUCAAAGAAGAAGACACCGGCGACGGACAAAGAAGAGCCAGCCACAGCAGCAACGAAAUGA